AGUAUCUGGCAACACUUUAUAGAUUUCAACAUGGUAGGGGAAUUGUAAACACGUUUUUAUAGUAGCAAUACUGAUUUCGUUUAAAACAUCAAUAUGGGAAAAGCGAAAAAAUUAAAAGUUUCAGUUAAUAAAACCAAAGUACCUUUAGAUUAUCAGAUCGGUCUAGAAAAAAUUCCUAAACCAUCUACUAGAAUUAAAUUGCGCGAGAGAAAAGACGAGGAUGACGAACAACUUGUUGACGAAAAACUAACAAAGAAAAUUCUUAAUCAAGCCAGAAAACAGCAAGAGGAUUUGGAAGAAGAAUUUGGUAUUAGUAAACUCAAAAACAAACCUUCUGAAAAGUCUACUAUUCUUGGUGCAACACAAAAUGAAGAAAGUGAAGAUGAUCAGUUUUCUGAAAGUGAAGAUAAUUACUUUGAUGAUAUUGAAAUUAAUGAAGAGGAUGAAAAAGCUUUAGAAAGAUUUAUGUCUCAGGAACCUGCAGCUAGAAGAACAUUGGCUGAUUUAAUAAAAGAAAAACUAACUGAAAAAGAAACAGAAAUGCAUACAAUGUUUUCUGAUGCUGGGAGUGUUAAUGUUGUUGAUUUAGAUGAAAAAAUAGUUGAGAUGUAUAAAGGAGUAAAGCAAGUUUUAGCACAUUAUCGAAGUGGCAAACUUCCUAAAGCAUUUAAAAUUAUACCAUCUCUGAGUAAUUGGGAACAGAUACUUUAUUUAACGGAUCCGGAUAAUUGGACUGCUGCAGCUAUGUAUCAAGCUACACGAAUAUUUGCUUCUAAUUUAAAAGAAAAAAUGGCUCAGAGAUUUUAUAGUUUAAUUUUAUUGCCUCGAGUCCGUGAUGAUAUUGCUGAAUUUAAAAAACUUAAUUUUCAUUUAUAUCAAGCAUUGAGGAAGGCUCUGUUUAAGCCGGGUGCUUUUUUUAAAGGACAGGGGUCCGAAAAGUUACUGUGCAGUGAGAAAUUUUCAGGUACUUGCACACUUCGGGAAGCAGUUAUAAUUGGAAGUGUAUUAAGUAAAAAUUCUGUUCCCUUAUUACAUUCAGCUGCUGCUCUGAUCAAAAUAGCAGAAAUGGAUUAUAAUGGUGCUAACACUAUAUUUAUGAGAAUUUUAUUGGAUAAAAAAUAUGCACUACCAUAUAAAGUGAUUGAUGCAGUCGUUAAUCAUUUUCUCAGGUUUACUCAUGAAAAACGAGAACUUCCUGUAUUGUGGCAUCAAUGUCUUCUUACUUUUGCUCAGAGAUAUAAAACAGAAAUAUCCAGUGAACAAAAAGAAGCUUUAUUAGAACUGUUGAAAAUUCAGUCUCAUUAUCAAAUAACUCCAGAAAUACGGCGGGAAUAUCAACAUUCUAAAUGUCUUGAUGAAAUAGCGGAUGAGCCAAUGUUGUAAACAUUGAAAAUUAAAUGUUAAAAAGUUGA